AUGAGUUUCUAAGAGAUCUCUAAGCAAAUAGAGGAGAUGACUAAUUUCCUUGUAUGAUUCCAUAAUAACUUUUUAGUUAGAAUAAAGUGAUGAUAAUUUAGUAAAUGCGUCUCCUACAAAUAGAGAAUAAAUAAAUCUUAUUAUACAUGAUCAAAAAGUAAAAUAGAGAAUUAAUUCUAUGCUAAAACAAAAAGUAAUUUAUGUUAUCCUAAAAAUAGAAUAAACAAUAUCCUCAUCAAUAUUUAACUGUUGAAUUAUCAAGUGAAGACAAUUAUGAAAUUGAGUUGGAUUAAGAAGAUAUUAAAUAAGUAACGAAAUUUUUAUAUUCAAAAUUAUAGGUUUGUGAAAAUUUUGGAGAAGUUAAAUAAGUCUAUACAAAACUAAAUGGAGCAAUAAUAAUUAAGUUCAAUACACUUUUUGAUGCUUUCAUUGUAUAUAAACUAUUAAACAAACAUUAAAUUAAAGAGUUGGAUGUUACUAUCAAAAUUGAAUUUACUACUUAACAAGAUUUAUUAGAAAUUAUGGAAAUAUAAGACUCCAAUUAAUAAAAAUUUACUUGCAGAUAUGAUGUUUAAAUUGAUAAUGAUAAAGACUUUUAAGUAGCACGCAAAAUUAUAGGUAAUUUUAUAAUUCAAACAUAUUUAGGAGCUAAGGGAUGUAAUAUGAAGAAAAUUAUUGAUUAAUGCUUAAUAGAUAGUGAUACAAAAGAAUAAGAUCUUGUUAAACUCAGAUUAAGAGGAAGAGGUUCUGGAUAUAAAGAAGGUCCAGAAAAAAGAGAAUCAUAAGAACCUUUACAUUUAUGUGUUUCAUCUAAACAUAAUCAUCUAUUUUUAAAAGUAAUAUAAUUGUUUAAUAAAUAAUAGGCCUGUUAAUUAGUUGAGUAAUUACUUAUAAAAAUUUAUGAUGAAUAUAAAUUAUUUGGGUUUAAUAAAGGACGUAAAUAAUCACACUAUAAUAUUAAAAGAAUUUAAUAAUCAAUAAAACCAUAAAUAAAGUAAAAUUUUAUGCCUGAAUUACCAAACUUUAAUUUCUCAAAUGUAUAUUCAUAUUUUUUAUCUUUUUUAGAAUUAAUUUGUUGAUUUUAACAAUGAAAAUAUCAUGGCAUAUUCAAACAUACCUAAUUAAUUAAUAUGA